CAAAAGUAGCAGCCUGCAGCCGCAUGUGCUACACUACACUACACAGAAGCAAGUCUCCUUCCCUCUCUACUCUCUCUCUCUCUAGUGCUCGCCGGCUCUUUCCGCCGCCAUGGACGUCCUCCUCUGCUGCUGCUUGCUGCUGCUCCUGGCCUCCGCCGCGUCCGCCGGCAGCGAGCGCUGCGUGCGGCAGGGGAAGGCGGCCUACUCACCCUCUUCGCUCUCCCCGGUCCCUCACGGUAGCAGCGGGGCGUGCGGGUACGGCGCCAUGGCCGCCGAGAUCAAUGGGGGAUUCCUCGCCGCCGGCGGGCCCAGGCAGCACCGCGGUGGCCUCGGCUGCGGCCGCUGCUUCCAGAUGAGAUGCCGAGACGCAAAGCUGUGCAGCGCCGGCGGAGUGCGGGUGGUGCUCACCGACUUCCACAGGAGCAACCGCACCGACUUCCUGCUCGCCGGGCCCGCCUUCGCGGUCCUUGCCAAGCCCGGGAUGGCCCAGCAGCUCAACAGGCUAGACGCCCUCUCCGUAGAGUACAAAAGGAUUCCGUGCGAGUACAAGGAGAAGAACCUGUCGAUCCGGGUGGAAGAAGGGAGCGACAAGAACCGAGGCAACCUGGUGGUGAAGCUGCUGUACCAGGGCGGCCAGACCGACAUCCUGGCGGUGGACGUGGCCCCCGUGGGCUCGUCGGCGGAGUGGCGGUUCAUGACGCGGGUGUACGGGCCCGUGUGGAGCACGCCGCGGGCGCCCGCGGGACCGCUGCAGUUCCGGGCGGUGGUCACGGGCGGCUACGACGGCAAGUGGGUGUGGGCAGAGCAGGAGGUGCUCCCGGCGGACUGGCGCCCCGGACAGGUCUACGACACCGGCGUCCGCAUCGCCGACGUCGCCAGGGACGGCUGCCGGGGAUGCGCCGCCGCCGACGCCGCGAUGGACGACUGGAAGUGAGGAUGGUGGCUGCUGGCUGGGUAGAUGACUGAUGAAUAUAUAUAAAUGCAUAUUAACAUCGUUGGUCCGUCACUUUCACUCUGGCGAGUGACUUAAGAGCUGAGAAGAGGACAACAUGUCAAUGGAAAUGGUGGUAGCUGGAAGAACAGCAACGACCAAGUGCAUGCGUCCGGCUGUCCAGAGGAGGGGAGGAAGAAGAAGAAGACUGAGUAGCUAGCUAGCUGGGGGCUCCGGUCUUUGUUUGUUUCUGAAUUCUGAUCAAUCUCUGCUCUUGCAGUUUAGAUGUACAUUGAACCAUGCCUGCUCCGCUGCAUGUGUUGCAACAGGAGAGGUAUCAUCGAUCGAUCGUCAAGGACUCCGAUUAGAUGCACGCAAAGAAUUGUACGUGGUCGUGGCUAUUAGCUGUCUAGCUGAUCCCCCCCUGAUGAAUGCUAAUUGUUAGAAUAAUAACGAGCACACAGUACUGCGGUGGUCAUGUUUUUCUUCCUCCGGCAUUUACAUGAACAUGCGGCAUAUGAUGUUGUCGUUCAAA